AUGGCUGUGUUGUCCCAAAGUGUUUUUGGGGGUUUGGAUGUUGAUGAUAAACGUCAUGAGUUCAAGUCCAUGCCUCUGGUUCUCAGUGACCCAUUGACCAAUGAAGCCCUAAUGUUCAGGAAACUGUUCUAUUUCAAGUAUCCCCAUGAUGGUGAUGAUCGAUAUUACAUCGAUAGCGAUCUGUUGGCCAAAGCAGGAUUCAUUCACGAUCCGGAGAUCCAUGGUAGCGAUAGAACUGUUUGCGUGUAUUGCAAAUGUAGUCUAGAGGAUUGGGAUAGUGACGAUGAUCCACUAGCUGAGCAUCGUCAGAAUUCUCCUGGAUAUUGCUACUUUUUAGAGUGUCUUGAUCUUUCAUUGCCCAGACUAAAGUCUAAGUUGACAGGAUCACAGUCGAAACAGUCACAGCCACAGUCACAACCGCAGUCACAGCCAAAGUCAAUGGUUAGGGUUACAAAUCAACCUGAUUCAUUGGACACAACAAAUGUUCUUGGUCAAUUAGAUGAUUUGGAUCUUGAUCUUAGUGAUCACAAUCGUUCAGAUUACGAGCCACAGCAAUCAACGACACCCUUUACAAUGGUUCAACUAAACCAGACCCUGAACCCACCCCGAAUAGACGAUGAUGAAAUCACUGUGAAAGAAACGAAACUAUCUAGACGAAAGAAGACAAAACAAAGAAUACAGAAACAACCAUUGGUCUACGUUAACCAAGAUUACUGGAGUAAACUACCGGAUGAAGAUUUGUAUGAAGAAUUAGAAGGUAAAAGGAGACCAGCAACAACAGUGACCACGGUUUCAGAUUCAGUUCCUAUUCCAAUCGACGUUGAAGAACCAUCGGCUAAAACUUCGGCUUUCGACUCGACAUUCGAUGAUAGCAUCUUAGGAACAAGCUUUAAAGAUAUUAGUCCGAAUAAGUUACGGAAUGAACGAAGAAAGCUGAGGUUAUCAGAAGCUGGGUCGAGGCAACAACUACCACAGAUCACAGAACCGUCACCAGCAGUAGAACCGGUACCAGUAGUAGCCGAAGAAGAACAGCCUGAAAAUAUAUCGGAAACUUCUGUGGCCUCGCCGCUGGAGAUUAUCUCAGUUGAGUUCCCUCUGUACUCAGAUCCAUUGGAUGAUGUUGUUGAAGCUGACCUAAGUAAUUCCAAAGAUGGCCAUCUUUCAGAAAAGCAAGCAGUGGUUGACGCCGACGUCAUUGUUGAUGACGCUGUUAAUGUGGAGGAGCAGGAGCAAGAGCCUUCUAUUAACGUUAGCAAUGAAAGCUUAGGGUCAGAACAAAGCACAUCUGAACAGGACGAUUAUGUGCCUGGUGUCGAAGAAGAAGAAGAAGAAGAAGAAGAACUGCCUGAAUCAAGUCUGCCAAUUCCUUCUGCCUCUUCUGAUGAAGGUCUUGGGCGGUCGAGUCGUUUUAUUCCACCACGUCGAGUUCUUCGAUCACAACUGGUAGACACUCCCAAUCUACAGUUGGAUCAAACUACUUCGGAGCUGAGCGCAGAGGAAGAGACCAAUGAACUAUCUUUAUUUAUGGAAGAUGACACCAACGAACCUGAUGAUACAAAUUUCACAGACAACGAGAAGGCUGCAAAAAAGAAGGAAGCACGGACUACGAAAUCUAAGACCACCAGAACUAAGACUAAAAAAGAGACCAAAUCAAGAAGUCGUCUUGUAAAAUCACGAGCCACUAAACAACCUGCAAUUAUUAUUCCCGAGGAGUCCCAGUUAAAGAGAACUAAAACCGUCAAACUUUCUAAGGCCUCAUCUAUGUCAACAGCAGUUACUGAUUUAACUGAUAUCAAUUUAGGAGACUAUUCUAACGUUGACAUAUUGGAAGAAGAUGUUAGACCCAUGGAACCAAUGCCUCGUCCAGAAUCACCAGUACGUUCAACAGAGGUUGGUUUACAGGAUGCCAUUAUAAGUCCUGUGAAGGCUCAGUCUCAAAAGAAGUCAAAGGCAGUGAAGCGUACUUAUCGAAAUCAGCAAAACAUAUUUGAUAAUGAAACUGAUGACCAAUCUGAUGAGCAAGUACAUUUUACCUCAUCACCUUCAAAGGGUCUGUAUUUCAACAGGCCAAUAUCAGUGGAAAGGAAUCAUUUCAGUGAUGUAGUCGCUGCUAGAAACAAUGCAACUGUAGCUGGCGAUUCAACAGAUCCUUUGGACCAUGACACCAACGAAGACUUUGAAGAUGCUGCUGAUAACCCUGCUGCUAGUCGUCAACUACAAGAGUCAACACCAGCAGAUGACGUACCAACUCAACCUGACGUUCCAACUCAACCUGAAGUUCCAGCACAAGCUGAUGUUCCAACACAGGCUGAUGUUCCAGCACAAGCUGAUGUUCCAACACAGGCUGACAUUCCUACUGCAGACGCUCCGACACAAGUUGACCCAACACAAGCUAAUGUUCUUGAUGGGCACUUGGAUACACAAUUAAAAUCAAGACGACAGAAACAUGGAGGACGAUUCAACCGAUCGAAAUCAAAAUCAAAAGACAAUACUUCAGCUGCAGAACCUGACGCUCAGUUCGAUACAGAAGAAGAACCAACUCCGAAUGAUAAAGAUUCCAACAAUAGAGGAGGCCAUGCCAGUCAUCAAGAUAAUGCAAGUCGUAGUGAAUCGGAUGAUUGCACUAUUAGAGUUAAAGUAGAAGAAGCAGAUGACGUCUACAUGUCUGAACACUCAGACAAUGACUCCAACGUUCCACCUAUAAAGCGAAGCUCAACAACCCCACCAGAAGAAGAUACCCAUACAGAGCCUACUGUCGCCGUGAAACAUGAACCUGCCGAUACGACGACACCUUCGGAGGUUGUGUCUGAGGAAAGGACAACCAGUACCCCAAAGAGAAGAAGCAGAAGCGGUAGAAUUAUAGAGGACUUAAGUAUUGACAUGGUUGAGUAUGCCAACAUGUCGAUACUACCUUCACUGUCUCGAGGGAUUAGGCUGCGUUCGAAAGAGUUGACAACUCGUGAGCCAAGUGUUGACCGGACCGAGAAAGAUUCUACCAGUAAUACAAGGGCUAAGCGGACAGAAAGUCUGUCCAGAGUACUGUCUCUGUCAAGAAGAAACGUGCUGUCAAGGAGCAUAGCAAAUCAAGAAGAAUCCCAUUCUUCACUGGAUUCCGUUGGCCUAACUGUUGAAACGUCUUGUCGAGCAUGUAGUAGACGCAGUACUCGCUACCGCAAACAUCCGUGCAGCAAGGAAUUCCCUAGAUGCUCCAGAUGUAUUGACCUUGAUCGCGAGUGUGAGUAUUCUAAAAGUGCCUUAAGGCAAUAUUUUGCACGAUUAAAUGCUGUUAAAGACGACAAAGAAGAGCAGGUUAAAGCUGUUAAAAAGACAAAAAAAAAGGUACCUGAUUUAAGCAUUGAUAUGAAUGGAUAUCAGGGCUCAUCCAGGCCAUCUAGUUCCAGCAAAAAGCAUGCUAAAAAGAAGAUUAUGGGAGUUGACUUAAGCAUUGAUAUGAAUGAGUAUCAGACAUCGACCUGCUUACUGUCGAGCUUACGCCCUAUUAGGCAAUCUGGAGACAGUCUAAGUAUUAACAAGAAUCAAAGUAAAUCCAGACGAACUUCACUGUCUGCUGCUAUCAAACCAGCUGCUAAAAAGACCUCGUCCAAAAAAAAGAGAGAUUCAAGCAUUGAGAACCAGAGCCUGGACAACCAGCAACCUGCUAAAAAGAAGUCUAGAAAUGAUUCAAGUACUGACAAGAAUGCGACCUCGUCCAAGUUACCUUCGCUGUCUAGUGCCAGCAAACAACCUCCUAAGGGAAUACAAAAAGGGGAACCUGAUUUAAGCAUUGACAUGAAUGAGUACCAAAGCUCGCCCAGAGUAUCUUCACUGUCUAGAAGUAGCAAGGAGCCUGUUAAACUGUCUCUGGUUACAAAGAAGAAGACUGUACCAGUUAGUAAUAGCAGAAGAGAGCAGUCUAUAGAGAGAAAGACGACAUUUGAGAUUGUGCAGACCCAGAAUGAUGAUUCUGCUAUCGAUAAAGGUACAGAUAAUGAAGUUGACAGAUUAACUUCUAAUUCCGUUGAAUUAUCGGCUUCAACCCCCGAUGAUGAAAUUGAAACCUCAGUCGUGGAAUCUGUGAACGGGUCUAGAGAUAAUGGAGAUGAUAAUAAUGGCAAAGAGAAACCUACUCAAAUAAUUGCAAGUGAACCUGCUGCUGAAGAAAGCGAACUUGUUCGUGAAGUAGUAGUAACCAAAAACGUUGUAGGAUUUCAAGAUGGACAACUGGAGAAUCCUCUGAAGCGUAAGAACUCACUGAAGAGGGGAUCUUCAGCGUUGAAGCAGAAAAGGAGAAGAAUUAGCUUGGAAAAGGUACCAGAACCAGAACCAGAAGCUGAAGCUGAGGUUGAGACUGUUUCUAAUUGGGUGAAUGCUUCUGAAGCAAUAGAAAAUUUGUCAGAUCAUGAGCCUGAUGUAAGUGCCUUUCUGUAUGAAAUGGAGGAAGAUGACAGUGAUGAUUACAGCAAGUAUCAACAAGAUUUACAGAAUCUUGAACUCGGGCAUCUGCAAAUUUUUAAAGAAAGUGAUGAUGAAGAUCAUGAUAGACCAUUUGAAGCAGCACAAGACUUGAAACAAACUUUAGAUGGUGUAAAAGCAGUGGUAAACGAACCACCAAAGAGUUCGAGUUCCAAGGAGUCGAGGGUUUCAAUUGAAAGAGAAUUGAAGGGCCAAGUGGUAGAAGAAUCUAUUGCAAACGUAACCGUACCGUCGCCCGACCCGGAGUUUAUUGAGCCUAUUCAUGAAGAGAAUCAGCCACGUAUUGAAAAGGAAGAGACUCGAGCAUAUAUUGACGAAAAAGAGACUCGAGCACAUAUUGAUGAAGAAGAGACUCUGGCAAACAUUGACAAGGAACGUGAGGUUGUCGUAACUUUGUCACCACUUCAUGAGAGUCAGCAAAACGUCGAUGUUAGUCAAGAUAGUGAAUCUGAAAUCAGUGAAAUACUGCAAGAGAGUUCUAUGGGAUCACCUGAUCUUGCUAUGUCUGAUGCUGUCUCUGAGCAUGAGCCAGAGCCUGAGCCAGAGUCUAAGUCUGAGUCUGAAGCUGAGUCUGAAGCUGAGUCUGAAGCUGAGUCUGAAGCUGAGUCUGCGCCUGAGUCUGUACCAGAACCAGAUUCACAAGCUCAUACGAAACCAAAUCCUAAUUCCAAUUCCCAGAUCCCAAUCCAGUCAACUUAUACAUUGAAUUCUGCUACUCUAGAGCCUGCUAAAGAGGCCCCUUCCAAGUUCGUGACUGAGAUCAAGAAGACCCAGACCUUUAAGAGAUCUUCCGACAAAGAGUCUAGACCUGAGAGGAAACAAACCAUCAAGUCCAAUCAGUAUCAUCGAGACAUUAGUGAAGCCACCACGUUUAAAAUCAGCCAUGUUUCCAAAGAACCGGAGACGAAAUCCGAUACUCUGAAAGACUUGGUGAUAGUUAAUGGUGGAUCUGCUUUUUUAAAGAACCAUGAUGCCCUGAACAAAUUACCAAAGAGUCCAAUACAUGCCGCUGAAUUUGUUAAAUCUAUUUUCAAUCUGCCACUACGAUCACCACCAAAGAAUACAAACUACAACAAUAUACUACCACUGAAGCCUCUUAACACCAUUGCAUCAGGUGUUACCAACACUAAAGAGGCUAAGACUAAAGGUGGUAAGACUAUGGGAUGGACACCAGGUACCAUAGAUAAAUUCAAACAAGAGAUUGAACAUUUCAAUAGUGGAGCACAGUAUCUACACAAGUUAACCAACUCCGAUACAUAUUUAUAUGAAGAUGACGAUGGAGAAUUGACCCAUUUCAUCUCAUGUAUGCCUGCAGAUGAAGGGGAGAUGACAAUAGAAGAGUGGGUCAACCAUAAUGCCAAUCAUUAUGCUCGAGAGCUUCGUUCUUUCUUAGAUACCAUUCGGCAAGACUUUGAAGAACAGCAUGAACGGGCCAUCCAAGCCAUAGUUGAUCUUUCAACCGAUGAAGAAGUUGAUGAUAAUGAUAAUGAUGCUGAUGAUUAUGCUGAUACUAAUGAUAAUGCGAUGCUUACAUAA